AUUUUUAAUACAUUGAUUUAGUGAGUACUGAGUGCAGAAAAAAUAAAUAAAUACUUUGCUAAAUAAUUGUGGUGAACUUUAUCCAGACCUCGUAAUUUUCGGGAAUAUAAUGUUAAAUUUAUUAUUUAUGGCAGAAAAUUGAGUAGAAAAACAAAUUUUUUUGAAAAUUAACAAAAGUAUGGAAUAUAAUCAAAGUAAUGGUAUAAAAAGACCCGUUGAAGAAGAAAUACCUCGUACCCUAAACGUUCAAGCAAUGGAAAAUGCUCCGGUGAAAAAAAUUCGUAAAUCAAAAGUACAAAUUUCAGAAUCUAAUUCUGUUAUAAAUCUGAAUGAAAAUAUACCUGGAAUAGCAUACAAUGUGCUUGAACAGUCUGGACCACCUCAUAAUACAAAAUUCACAAUUUCUAUUCAGAUCGACGACAGAAGUUUCGUUGCCACAGGAAGAAGUAAAAAGCAAGCCAAAGCAUUAGCUGCUAUAGAUGCUCUUAAAUAUCUUGUAGAAGUAAAAAAAAAUACAUGCACUUACGUAUUUGCUGAUGGUGUUUCCAAGACAGCCUUCGUAACGAAUCCUAUAUCAGAAAUGCCUGCUCCUAAAUCAAUUAAAAAAAGGGAUAAACCUAACAGUCAUAUGACAUCAAUAAUAAGCACAGGCAAAAAGUUACCAACUCAUCUUGCCCAUGAAAAGAACCCUAUUAGUUUAAUAAAUGAGUUAUACAAAAACCCACAAUUUGUACUUGAAGUUGAAGAUGUACUGAAAACUGGUAACGUUGUUGUAUAUAAAGCUAUUUUAAAAAUUGACGGACAAGAUUUUGAAGGAAAAGGAUUUUCUAAACAAACCGCUAAAUUAGCUGCAUGUAAAGAAGCAUUAGCUCAAAUAUAUAAAAUGUCAUUUACACCGUUAAAUAUGAAAAUUAAUAGUGGUCUUGAGCUUGAUCAAAAUCAUGCCAAUAAAAUUGAAUUUUUAAUUAGUAAUAAAUAUGGUGAACUGAUAGAGGGCUACCCUGAGCCAUAUGUAGCAAAGAAGGUUCUUGCUGGAAUUGUAAUGACAAGAGACAAAGAUUUUGAAAAUGCGCAAGUUAUUGCUGUAACAACAGGUACCAAAGUUGUUGGAGGAGACAGUUUAUGUUUAGAAGGUAGUGUUUUAAAUGACAUGCACGCGGAAAUAUUAGCGAGAAGAUGCUUAAUGAAAUUUUUAUAUUCUGAACUAAGGAAAUAUUUUAACAAAGCUACGCACUAUGAUACUGUAUUCGAUAAAAGCAUCAACAACCGAGAAGAAUUCAAAGUUAAAUUGAAACAAGGCAUCGAUUUUCAUUUGUAUAUAAGCACAGCACCGUGUGGUGACUCGGCUGUUUUUAGUCCACGAGAAAACAGUACUUUACAAGAAGAUGUCAAAGAAAACAGAAGAACACAUGGGCUUCUUAGAACUAAAAUUGAAUCCGGUGAAGGAACUAUUCCUGUGAAAGCUUCUAUUCAAACCUGGGAUGGAAUUUUACUUGGAAAUCGAGUUUUGACGAUGUCUUGCUCUGACAAAGUUUGUCGGUGGAACGUCGUCGGUGUUCAAGGAUCUCUUUUAUCUUCAGUUAUUGAACCAAUUUAUUUUCAUUCACUUGUUUUAGGAAAUUUAUUACAUCCAGUUCAUACCUUUCGUGGAAUUUGUGGAAGAGUUGAUGGGAUCGAAAACUUACCACCAAAGUUUAAACUAAAUAAACCAUACUUAGCUAUGACAACUUCAUCUGACAGAAGAUUAGUUUCAAAAUCACCUAAUUAUAGUUUUAAUUGGACAGUGGGUGAUAGCAAAAUAGAAAUCGUUAACUGCGCAACAGGACGAACCCUUAAAGAUCAAACAUCAGAUCUAGCAAAAAUUAAGUUUUUUAAACGAUUUGAAUAUUUAUUGAAAAAAAUUCCACAAAGAUAUAUGACGCAUAAAAUGAUUUUAGAUCAAGCUUUGAGUUAUGGCGAAUUAAAAUUGUUGUCAAAAGAGUUUCAGUUGGCAAAAAAGGAGUUGUAUCAGGCAUUUCAAACAAAAGGACUUGGUAAUUGGUUGAAAAAGCCUAUGGAACAAGAUCAAUUUUAUACAAAUGUUGAAGCAAAUUGUAAUAUCAAAGAACCUGAUGGUUCAAUAGAUACUUCAGCAAUACCUUCUCCAGUUAAAACAGAAAAAAAUAUUAUUGCUACUAAGGAAGUUAGAACUCAGCCGCAGUAUUCCAAGAGUUCCAAUGUAAAUAUUAAAAAAUUUUAUGGAAACUCUCAGACUGCAUACAUUCACCCGCGCCAACAACACCCUAAAAGUUAUGUAACUUACGUUAAUACACAAGUUUAUAAUAAUCUUCACUAUUCAGAGGAUUCAACUUAUUAUUCUAACAAUACUCAUUAUCAGUAUCCUCCUGGAUAUUAUGAAAAUCCGUCAACUAGUCAUCAAAGUGGCUACGUCUCACAUUCUUCAUAUAACUACAAUCCUUCUUAUGCCGCUCACUCACAUCAUAAUAUGUCAACAGAUGGAUCUUAUUACAAGUCACAUUUUUAAGAUAAUAAUAUCUUUAAACUUGCAUAUAUAAAUUUUCUCAUAUCAUUAUAAAUAUGUACAUUAAAUAAUUUGUAUAGCUAUGUUAUGGGAAAAUAUUUGUGCAAUAAUAAGUUUAAAAGUAGUAUUAUCUUAAAAAAAUUUAGUAAUAAUUUUAUUAAUAAGUUUUUAUCCAAUUAUUUCCUAAAAAGUAUUGAAAUAUUUAAUAUUUAGGACUUACGU